AUGUCUUACCAGAACGGCAAUCUGCAAAAUAGCUACGGCGCCGAGGCCAUUCCCGCCUCGGCUGGCGGCCUCGAGGUCGUCCAGCAGCAGCCGCAAAAGUACUACGAGCACUACGCGCCCGGGAGCCAGACGGCAGAGUACCCCCAGGGCGGACACACCCCGGACCAUUCACAAGGUGGCUAUACUCAGGACUACCACCAGCAACAACAACAACAACAACAACAACAGCCAGGCCAGUGGCAGCCGCCGCCGUCGGUGAUACCGCCAGAGUCAGAGAAGAAGAGGAUACUGGGCCUGCCGGUCCCCGUGUUCUGGGUGAUAGUGGGAGGAGUGAUCCUCGUCGUCCUCGGCGUGGCGCUGGGUGCAGGUCUGGGCGUGGGCCUGCAGAAGAGCAACAACACACAGUCUGCUCCGGCGGCCUCAGGAACAGGCGCAAGCACGGCAGGCGCCCAGACGACCCCUCCCGCGCCCACGAAAUCGUCCUCGUCGACGUCGUCGUCCUCCUCGUCGUCGACGACAUCGUCCUUCGUGCCCGUCAAGACGGGCACCACGGGCAUCGCCGACAACAGCUGCCAGUCGACCACGCCCUCGACCUACCACACCAAGGACGGCACCAAGUUCACGGCCUACUGCUUCACCGACUGGCCCGACGGCGACGCCGCGGCCGACGGCGGGCCCGACAAGGUCAAGGACAUCGGCAAGACGCUCGUCUACACGUUCGAGGACUGCAUGGAGUACUGCCUGUCGUUCAACAGCCGGCGCUCCGACAGCCAGGCCAAGUGCGCGGGCGUCACGUACAACUCCAACAUCACGUCCAUCUACGCGCACUCGCAGGCCAGCUGCUUCCUCAAGGACCGCAUGGGCAAGAACCUGCCCGGGGCGGCCGAGAGCGCGUGCGCCGUCAUCGCGCUGUAG